GGCGGAUCUCGAGCUCCUCAAAUUUACUCAGAACCCCCCGGCACUAAGCUUACCUGGUACCUUUGAUACCCGCUUCAUAUUAUUUAUAUCACUCCUCCACUCCUCCAUUUAAGCUGCCGUUUAGCGUGACGUCUCUCUUGCUUCGUCUCUUCAACCUUUGAUACCCAAACUCGUUUCAUCUUUCAAAAUGUCUUCCGAUAACACAUUCCACUACGCCUUGAGCUCCAACAAUGCUUGGGCUGGCUACAAGGCCCAUCAGAACCCCCAGUUCUUCCCCAAGCUGGCUGGCGGCCAGUCUCCGGAGAUCCUCUGGAUCGGUUGCUCCGACUCUCGUUGCCCCGAGACCACCAUCCUCGGCAUGCAACCCGGCGAUGUCUUCGUCCACCGCAACAUUGCCAACAUCGUCUCCCCCACCGACAUCAACACCACUGCCGUGAUCGAGUACGCCGUCGCCCAUCUCAAGGUCAAGCACGUCGUUCUCUGCGGCCACUCAGCCUGCGGUGGAGCCGCUGGCGCCCUCCCCGACACCCGCGUUGGUGGUGUCCUCGACACCUGGCUACUACCUCUCAAGACACUCCGCUUCAACCACGCCGAAGAGCUCGACGCCAUCACAGACGAGAAGGAGCGCAUCGUCCGUCUCGCCCAGCUCAACGUCGAGGCGGGUAUCAAGGUGCUCAUGAACAAUGCUACGAUCCGGGAAGCCAUUGCGGAGCGCGGGCUCGAGGUCCAUGGUGUGUUCUUUGAUAUCGGCUGCGGACGCAUCAAGGAGCUCGGGUGCGGCACGGCUCACGCGGGAAAGGGUGACCAUGUUGUUAGGGGCAAGCAUGGUCAGCUUGUGUUUGGACAGGAUGGCGAGGCUGAGAUUGCUGCUGCGCAGUAAAGUACAAAAGUCAACAAGAACAAGGUUGAGGUUGAGGUUGAUUUUGCGGGGAAACUUUAGCGAGAUCGUCUUGGCGAUCUCUCGGGUUGUUGAGCGGGCCGGGCAAAGGGCAUUGACAUGGCCGGCAAUGAGAUGUUUUGCAUUUUUGGGUAUUUUGAGCAUGGUUUUGCUGUUGGAGGGAAUCAUGGAUGGAGGGACUUGGGAAGAAGGCUGGAGCAGCAGCACAAGAUCCUGACAGUCCGACAUCCUCCUCAUUUUGGUUUACAUCCUUAUCGCGGACUUCUACUACGGAGUAGCAUCAUUGCAAGGAGUUGAGAGUUGAGUUAGUUUCCGGGAUAUUUUGAGAAAUACAUGA